UAUUCCUUUUGAUGGUUUUGUUUUUGUUUCUUUUCUUUUCUCCUCUUUUCCCCUACUGUUCAAGGAUGAUCCCUCGUAAGCUAAUUACCUUACCGACCGGGUCCCUCACUCUCUCUCACACACAGAGAGAAAGAGAGUCCUUCCAAAUCGGGCUUCCCCGUUGUCUCUCAAUCAAUUCUCAAUUCUCUCUCGCUCCAGACUCGUCCGUCCCGGAUCGUCAUCCCCGGGCCCCGCUGCGUCUUCUUCGACUAGGCUACGUACUUGUCUUGUGCUUUGCUACUAAAACUUCCUCAGACUUAAAACAGAAAAAAGGCGCCCCCAAACAUACCACCGUGCUCAACCCAGGAUGGAUCCUCCCAAGACAAUAAAUGGGUCGGCUAGUCUUUUGACAGUGGCGGAUUCAAAUCCGCGGCAACUAAUCGUUCCUUCAGCGGUACUUGCUUCGGAGUGAGAUCGCAGUUCGGUCGCCAAGGAGGCAACAGGCCCUGUU